AUGGGAAAGAAUAAAGAUCACGAGUUGACCGGAAGUGAGUGUGAUCAUUCUAAGCUUCGUAAACUGGACAAAUUAAUCGUUAAGGCGAGGCACCAAUCGAAGCCGGUUACUUUACAAAAGCAUCCAUCAACUGUGCAGAAGAUAUCAGAGCUGGAAAAGAGGGCGGCGGAAGAAAUCCUGAAGGACGUGGCUCGUGGUGUUCGACGUUAUGAAAUGGUCGGAGCUCAAGGAUGGUUGAAGCCGGCUUGUUUAACUACAGAUAAAAAAUUUCUGGAACGGGUAUUGCGUUCAACGCAACCAAAAUCCAGGUCACGUGAUCAGUAA